CUCACUGACCUGUUGUUACUAGAGCUCCACAUAGAAGCCCUAUGGAGGAGAUGUAAAACUAAAUUGAGAUGGUUUUUGCUUCUUAAAACCACAAAUAUAUCUUCUUAUGGAUCAACACUUCAAAUAAAACACAGGAGAAGAAGAAAAUAUGGAGCUUUAAAAGUUCUAAUUAAGGUUUAGAUGUUUUCCAGGUCCAGAAGGACCACAUCAUGGAGUAACACCCUUGGGAGAAAAAAAUAUGCCAAAAUAAAACAAAUGUUACAUCUUAUAUGAUUGACUUUUAAUGUGAAUUACAUAGAAAGAAAGAAGAAGUGCUUAUUAACAGCAACCAAACAUUAUCAUUAUCACACUGUAACCAGAUGACAGCUGUGUGCUGCGUUUCUUCCCGGUAAAUCUCCAAAAGUCUAAUUUUUUACAAUUGAUCGUGAACGCAUCGUCGAUACGGUGUUAGUGUCGGGGAGCUGCAGAGGACGAACACAUGGACCUGCCUCCUCAAGAGGACAUCAAGUGUUCGCCGUGUUGUCCUCGGUGUCUGUGAGCUGUGAAGGGGCCGCUGUCUGACAGGAUGGAGGAGCUCUUCCGUCAACACUCUGCACCAGCUGCUCCACGGUCUGUUUGGACUCUGGAAGUUCUGCGCGUCUUUUGACAACAGCCACAACCACACAGUCGGAGGAAUGAUAGACUGGUUGAACGCAGUGACAAACCUCCGUGUGGUUUUUAAUGAACUAGUUUUGGAAACAGCAGCUGCUCGGGAGAUGUGUUCGGUUUCCACGUGGAUUCACCGUCGGUAUUGACGCCUCUGAUUUUUCUGCACAAAACCGCGAAGCUGUCAGUGGGACUGUGGUCGGAGAAAAAGACUGUGCACUGUGAGAACCCGAUUUCCAAGUGUUGCUGUUCCCCCCAAACAUGUGCAAAACGCUUCCGCGCGCACGCACCGUCCCGCCGACCAACACUAACCGCUGCUGUGGCUCUGAAUCCGGCUGAAACAUGUUUAUCUUGUGGAUCCCGGUGAGUUUAUUCCUCAGCUUCAUCGUUUCUCAGACGUGGAGCAUUCAGAUGUCAUGGGAAAACUGGAACGCGGAGCUGCGCAACCGAGGAAAUGAAUUUGAUAAGCCCAGCUCUCAACCGCACAUCAUUUUUAUCCUGGUGGAUGAUCAAGGCUUCCGGGACGUUGGGUACCACGGCUCAGAGAUCAAAACCCCGACACUGGACCGGCUGGCGGCGCAGGGAGUCAAACUGGAGAAUUAUUACGUGCAGCCGCUCUGCAGCCCCUCCAGGAGCCAGCUCAUGACCGGCAGGUAUCAGAUCCACACAGGCCUUCAGCACUCCAUCAUCCGAGCUACCCAGCCCAACUGCCUACCCCUGGAAAAUGUCACCCUGCCCCAGAAGCUCAAGCAAGCAGGAUACUCCACCCACAUGGUGGGCAAGUGGCACCUGGGCUUCUACAAGCGUGGUUGUCUGCCCACCCAGCGUGGCUUUGACACUUUCUUUGGCUCUCUGCUAGGAAGCGGGGACUACUACAGUCACUAUAAAUGUGAAGGACCCGGUAUGUGUGGUUAUGAUCUAUAUGAAGGGGAGGAGGCAGCUUGGGAACAGGACCGCGGCUUGUACUCCACUUUGAUGUUUACUAGAAAGGCAGUCAACAUCUUAGCAAAUCACAACCCUCACAGACCUUUGUUUCUCUACUUAGCCUAUCAGGCAGUUCAUUCCCCGCUGCAGGUUCCUGCCCGCUACCUCGAGCGCUACAAGGGCAUUCCAAACUUGCAUAGACGUAAAUAUGCUGCCAUGGUGUCCUGCCUGGACGAAGCCAUCCACAACCUCACGAUAGCGCUAAAACGCUACGGUUAUUAUGACAACACAGUUAUAGUGUACUCCUCUGAUAAUGGGGGCCAGCCGUUAGCUGGUGGAAGCAACUGGCCCCUUAGAGGGAGUAAGGCCACCUAUUGGGAGGGAGGCAUCAGGGCAGUGGGCUUCGUUCACAGUCCCUUGUUGGUGAACAAAGGGACAAAAUGUCGAUCUUUGGUACACAUCACUGACUGGUUCCCCACACUGGUGACACUGGGUGAAGGGACUUUAGACGAAGAUCUAAAUCUGGAUGGGUACGAUGUCUGGGAGGCUAUCAGUGAAGGCCGUCCGUCACCUCGACAGGACAUUCUUCAUAACAUUGACCCAAUCUACAUCAAAGCCAAGAAUGGUUCAUGGAAGGCCGGGUAUGGUUUAUGGAACACAGCCAUCCAGGCUGCACUCCGGGUGGGCCACUGGAAGCUCCUGACAGGUGUUCCUGGCUACAGCGACUGGGUGCCCCCACAGACCUUCUCCAACCAGCGGCUAACCAAUCGCUGGCAUAAUGAGCGCAUCCGUUGGGACCGGGGCAAAUCCAUCUGGCUUUUCAACAUCACAGCCGACCCUUAUGAGAGAGUGGACUUGUCUCAGCGCUACCCACACAUAGUGAAGAAGAUGCUAAUGCGGCUGGCGCAGUACAACAAGACUGCAGUGCCGGUACGCUACCCGUCCAAAGACAUGCGUUCUAACCCUCAGUACAACGGGGGCGUGUGGGGACCCUGGUACAAAGAUGAGCGGGAGAUGCAAGAGGAGGAUGAGAGAUACAAUAAUUUGUUUAAUAACCAUCUUGGAAAAAGAAGGUGGAAAAAGAAAUCAAAGAACAGAAAGCUGAAAAGGAAGGUAGAAUAGUUUACCCCAUUUGUGAAAGACUUCAGUUGCCUUUUCUCAGGGAUUGACACUUCCUGCUUCAGGAUCGUCCUCUUCAGACUCUCUGACUCCAGUUAGUUUUAGUUUGACUCCAGUUUAUACUUUAUGAAAAACACAAAUGGACCUUUUGAAAUGCCUCCAGCGAAUAAGGAAGAGAUCCAUUCGCUGAAACACUACUGUUUUGCCUGGACACAGUAAAGACCUUCUGUUGACAUUAGGGGCAUUUAUAGAAUGUUUAUUUUUCUAGAUUGUGUUGCAUGCUUGAACUGUUGUCACCUUUGGAUUGUUCUGUAGAUUCAUGUUUCACAUAGAGUAGCAAAUCAUUUUUCAUAGACAGUUACCAUAAAUUUUGGUGACAGAGAAUUAAUGUAAGACAUAGUUACGUUAUGUUGUUGAUUGCAUCGAUGCAGUUGUCGUGGUAACAGUUUCGAUUUAUGUGAUGUGUGAGUUUUUGUACGUUGGUUUGAUAAGCACAGUCUGUCUGAACUAAAGAAUGAUAGAUUUUCUUCCCUCUUUUAGAUGAUGUCUGGUCUGGCACCAGGCCAACCUGAAUGUAAGACAAACUAACAAAAUAAAAGCUCCAAUUAACAAAAUAAAAGCCCAAGAAA